AAAAGUGGGUCAAUAUCAAGGGGCGCUACUCAUAGAAAUCAUUAUUUCAUUGCAAGAUGGAGCACCGGGAAAUAUCCGCCCCAAGAGCGGGGAAGUAUAACGUUUAUAUUGAGGGAGACUUGAAACACAAGCAUUUUAUAAUCCUCACAGUUCAUGAUUUAGGAUGCAAUCAUUCAAUGUGGACAUCCUUCCUGAACCAUCCGUCCAUGGCGGAGAUCAACAAAAGGGCAGCUUAUAUCCAUGUCGACAUUCCAGGACAGGAGGAUAAUGCCCCUGAUCUCCCCCCAGACUAUAACUUCCCCAGUAUGCAGAGUCUUGGAGAAGAUCUUAUCUGUAUUCUGGACCAACUGGACAUUAAGCAGGUGGUGGGAAUUGGAGAGGGAGCAGGGGCCAACAUCCUCGCCAGGUUUGCUAUGGCCCAGCCUGCUCGCGUGUUAGGAGUUGUCCUGAUCCACUGCACCGGAACAACCGCAGGAAUCAUGGAGGGGCUGAAGGACAAGCUGAUUGGUUGGAAGUUGGAACAUUUAGGAAUGAAUCCCACAGCUGAGGCCUACUUAAUGAUGCACAGAUUUGGUUCGUUUGAGAAAGCUACGGAUCAGGAGGAACUGAACAAGGCCAUUAACUCAUUCCAACACUCACUCCGAAAAAAUAUCAAUCCUCAGAACCUCAAACGAUUUGUCAAGUCUUUCAUGAAGAGAACUAAUAUUGCUGAAAGCAUUGGGAAGAUGAAGUGCCCUGAACUCCUAGUGACAGGUGCUCUUGCCUCAUUUAAUCACACUGUCCAUACACUGGCUGGUUUUAUGUUGGCUAAGAUGGAGAAGAACAAAGUGGAGAUCAUUGAAGUGGAGGGGGUGGCUAACGUUGUGGAGGAGAAGCCUGAACGUCUAGCUGAGGCCUUCCUGUAUUUCUGUCAGGGACUGGGAGUUAUUGGUGGAGUCCCAAUGCCGCGCGUGAGAAGUAACUCCCAAGAUAACACAGAGAUUAUGACCCGGCGAACACGGAGCUUGUCUAUGGAGGAGGCAGACAAACCACUGGGCAUCUACUCGUCAAGCCCGGGCCGAAUCGGCAGCCCAACCAAGCUUGGCACUAGCCCAGCCAAAUAAGUCCACUCUGCAAUCUCAUCUAGCUAGCUCCCAAGCAGAUCCUCGUUCCAAUUUCUAAUCUUGUUUUUUCUGUGAGGCGUAGUUAAAAAAGAAAAGGACUUUGUGUGGUUUUGUUUUAAAUGUGUGGACUAAUCAUAUAGUGUUAGGGUUGUCCAUCAUUCAGCAAUGUUUCAUAACUCUGUAUUUUACUUACAAGAGAUUAGAAAAAAAAAGAAUUUCAUUAAAAAUGCAAUAACUCAUUAAAAUCAAUGGUUUUGAAGUAAAUAAUUUUAUAAAUAGUCAGUAUUACAGAUAUACAGAGUUUCAAAACAUUGUUUGAUCUGUGGCCACUUUAAACAUAGUUUUUUAGUUCAUUUAUUAAUUGCUGAGAUUUAAUUUACAUAUCCCUCCAAAAGAUGUCACAUUGUAAAAAAAAAAAUUUUUAUUUAGUGUAUCUUCUAUUUGAAUAUAUGCUAAAUAUAUAUUAUAUAUAGUCCUGCACUCACGCUAUAUAUAGAGGAACCAAUUAAGUAUUAUUUUUUACCAAAGUGUAACUUUUUUUUAAAGAUCUUGAGCCUUUUUUUUUUUUUUUGCUAGUCACAUUUCCGCAGUCAAAGUUAUCCCGUGUGUAUUACUAAAAGCUUGAGAGUUUAGUAGAAACUUGAGUUACUUAGGUUGUAGAUUGUUAUGACUGUUUAGUUGUAAGAGUAUGUUUGUGUAUCCUCUAAUUACUAUGCAGGACUUUGUGUUGAAAUACCUGUUUUAUUUUUGUACCAAGGUCUGUUAGUGUUUCUCAUAUUUUCACCUGUAUGUGUAUGUGUUUUAUAGUCUUAUGCAAUUCCAUCAGCGCAGCAGGAUAAGUGUUUAAGUCUGUGAAUGAGAUUUUAUAAUUGCUUGCCUUCUUUCGCAGGACUUCUUUGGGUGUUCCACCAACUGCUUUAACAUUUAAAUUGGGUGAAGGUUGUCAUUUUCUGAGAAUCAAAGAGAAGAAUUACAGAUAUUUAACAUAAUAAUCAGGUUAAUUUAUCAUAAUCACUGAGGUGGGGCAUUUUCUGCAUGCUGACAAAUGAAGAAAGAUGGAAGGUUUCGUUUAUUAUUUUAAGGUUGUGGGAUUCUCUGUAAUCGGAACUCUCUGUAGCUUGUAGCUUUCACAAUGCAUUAUCCUUAGAAAACCUGUAAGUGUUCUGGAUUUCUUGGUCAUUCAAAGUAAAUAGAUCUCAUGGAACCUGCUCAGAACAAUUUGGAGGUGUAAUACUCUAUGCUAGUCUUUAGAUUGUCAGGAUCCAAAUUCGUAUCAUACUGUCCAGAGUGCAAGAAAAACAAAUUGAAGUAUUUUAAUAUUAAUUUGAAAAGAAAAGUUGUCUUCUUUUCUAAACAAUGUACUUUUUUGGAUUUUCUUAUAGAUAAUAGAUGAUAAAUAGAUAAUAAGGUAAUAUUUACAGAAUUAGAUAAGUGUUUUUUUUUCAUAAGUGAAAUUGAUGUAAAUGUGUUUUAAUGGCCACUACACUUAAGAGUGUUACUGAUGAGUUUAGUUAUGUAGAUGUUAUAAUUAAUAAAAGUAUUAAAGGAU